AUGGCCUUGAAUUGGCCUUUCCAGAUUGUACUACAACAGGAAGUCAACCCCAGCAUGAAAACAGAGGGGCCACCCCAAGCGAGGCCUGCCGAAGAGGAAAGCGUGGUCCCUCGUGUCAUCCAGGUGGGGACGAUCGGGGAGUUUCUCGGCUCGGCGGGGCCCCAGAAGUUGACUCAGGGACCCGAGGAAGGCUUGGCCCAGCGCUGGGAAGCCCAGUGGCAGGAGGUCUUGAAGGCUGUGCAGCCCCUCACUUCUGGGCAGGAAGCCCCGCAGCGGUCGAAAACCUUGGCAUGGGACGAUACAAAGGCCUUAUCCGAGGCAACUUCUGAUACCGGCCAGUGGCCAAGCGGAGAAGGGUGCACUCGGCUCCUGGCAGAGGACGACGGAGGCGGUCUGCCGGCUUUGAGCCAUCCGGACGAUGGAGAAAACGGGACAGGGGAGGAAGAGCCGAUGAGAAAGGAGGCCCGGGACGCAGAGAUGCAGCGGCGGCGCUUUCGGCAGCUGAACUACCGGGAGGCGGAGGGUCCCCGCAAGGUUUGCAGGCGGCUCCAGGAGCUCUGCCGCCGGUGGCUGAGGCCCGAGAGGCACACCAAGGAGCAGAUCCUGGAGCUGGUGGUCCUGGAGCAGCUCCUGGCCAUCCUGCCGCAGGAAAUCCAGAGCUGGCUCCGGGACUGUUGCCCCCAGGCUUGCUCUCAUGCGGUAGUGCUAGCGGAGGAUUUCCUGCGGGGCCAGCAACGAGAGACCCAGAUGACGGCACCAUGUGAGGAUAUGGUUGUGGUCUCCUCCGACUCAGAGUGGUCUCCAUUGAGCUCUGGACCAGGCAGAAGCCGACUUGAUUCUCUCUCUUUCUCCGGUCCAGGGAAAGACAGAUGCCUGCAUGUUUAUCCCAUUUCACCAGGCGAGGGAACUCUGAACUGGAAUAAUUUGGGUCCUUCUCAGCAGGGAGGUUCUGAGCGGCUGGUGCCAUUUGGGAUACUCUCGGGACAAUCUGGGUUGCUUGACGGCCGUUGUGGGCCUCAGCAGGGACACGGGACAGAGCCGCCCCCGACCUGGGAGGAAAUCACUCGCUGCAGCGAAGGCAUGUACGAAACGGUGGUUCGCUUGGAGGAGCACAAACACUGGUGCCUUGAAUGCGGCGAAAGCUUCCCGGACGCUUCACAACUCACCGAGCACCAGAAGAUGCACCCGCGGCCCAAGCGCCCGGAGUGCCCAAAAUGCAGGAAGAGCUUCCGAGAUGUUUCGCAGGUCCUCCGGCACCAGACGGUCCACUCAGGAGAGAAGCCGUACAGCUGUUUUGAGUGCGGGCAAAGUUUCACCCAGAAACCAGCCCUCAUUAAGCACCAGCAGAAACAUCAGGAAGAUGAGCCAUACUCAGGUUUUGAAAGGGAUACUCAACGCCAGAGGACCCAUGCAGUUUGUAAGCGCCCCAAGUGCCAGGAGUGCGGGAAGAGCUUCCGAGACCUUUCGCACGUCCUCCGGCACCAGACAGUCCACACGGGUGAGAAACCGUAUAGGUGCCCGGAUUGUGGACAAGGCUUUACCCAAAAACCAGCCCUUAGCAGGCACCAGCAAAAACAUCUGGAAUCCCAGCCCUACACAGCAGGCAACGGGGAACUGUGUGUGAAUCAAGAGAACGCAUGCUUUAACCCACUGGGAUCAGCACAGACGUCGUCCGGAACAUCCCAAGCAAAUGCCUCCAGUACCUUUACGAAUGGGUGCAAAGUAGAACAUCAGCCUGUGAAGAAACCAGACGGGGAUCCCGUGCCAAAAGUGGGAGUCAACAGGCCCGUGAAAAAAAAUCUGAACCGCCGGGGACAAAAGAACUACUGGUGCAUCACAUGCGGGAAGGGCUUUCGGGACAAAGCGGACGUCGUUCGGCACCAGCGAAUCCACACGGGUGAAAAACCUUUUGAGUGCCUGGACUGCGGGAGGCGGUUCAGUACCACCUCGAGCUUAUACAAGCAUCAUGCAACCCACAGACGGCCAGAUCUGAAGGAAACCACUUAA